CAAAUCACGAAGGAAAAGGUUUUGGUUGGCCAUCAUGUUGUUCGACACCACACGUUUUUUUUUUUUUUUUUAACAAAUGUUGGUUCUUUAUUUUAAAGCAACUUUCAUUUCUUGUGUCUUCGGACGUCAUAGCUUUACUGACAAUAUGGCUGGUUGCUGCUGAUGAACCAUGAUGUCUCUCAAGCUGUUGCCAUCAGCUCCAUCAGACCGGGGUUCUCAGAGAUGCAGAAUGGGUCCAGUCUUGAUGUCGGCAUUAGGUCUGCGCCUUGGUUCCCCUCUGCUGGUAUCAGUUCUGGAAGGAAGCUGCCUAUGUACCGCCUGGCCAAGGCCUGACUUGACAGAAGGAUUCCUGCAGAUAGACCUGAAAUGCUCCUCUCCCAGCCUGAUCUCCCAGUCACCAAGAAACCUAAACGUAAAUCCUGACCAGCUCACACCUGUCAGCUAUCACAAACUGAAAGGUGUUAAGGUUACUGUUGUUGUCCAGAGUCUUGAUUUUAAGAAAACCUUCCCUUUGCAUCUCUGUCAUGAGCUUGUGAAAGACAUGCUUAAAGGUUUAUAUGUGCAAAAGACGCAUGUAAUAAUCCUUGAGGACUUUGAUACAGAGAUAAGAUAUGUUGUUAUUGAAAGCCUCAAUCCAGAUUCUGCCAGUACUGGACUUUUUACCUCAAAAACUGCAUUGGAGAUAGCUGCCAUCCAGACUGUCAGCCACUAUAGGAGCCAGCUCCAGGGCAAGGACAUGGUGCCGUUAGGGGGCCUCGAGGAGGUGAUUACCUCCCUGAGAGAGAUGCUGCAGCUUCCUGUGCUCUUUCCACGCACCCUGAACUCUCUGGGUGUGUCCUGUCCCAGAGGUGUCCUCCUGAUGGGGCCUCCAGGUGUUGGAAAGACCCUGCUGGUCCGCAAAGUGGUGGCGGAAGUGGGAGCCAGCCUGCUAAUGGUCAGAGGACCAGAGGUGGUUGGAUCACGGCCUGGUGAGAGCGAGGAGAUGUUGCGUUCUGUGUUUGAGCGUGCUCGAGCUGCUGCUGAAGAGGGUGCAUGUGUCCUGUUCCUGGACGAGCUAGACUCUCUAUGUCCGAGGAGAGCGGGCUUAUCUGCACCAGAAAAUCGCCUUGUUGCUCAACUUCUUACACUAAUGGAUGGCAUCAGCCAGUGUGAUCGGUUCCUCAUUGUUGGAGCCACCAAUCGACCAGACAGUUUAGACCCAGCACUGCGCCGGCCUGGAAGAUUCGAUAGAGAAGUUAUCAUUGGAGCUCCUACUUUACAGCAGAGAAAGUCUAUCUUGUCUGUCCUGUGUGAGAGGAUGCCAGUGUGUCCUGAAGUGGACAUGGGGAAGCUGGCACAGAAGACUACAGGAUAUGUGGGAGCAGACCUCACUGCAUUGUGCAGGGAGGCCGCCAUGCAUACAAUUCGGGACAAGUCAAAAGGUUCUGGAGACCAAACAGUAAGCAAGAAGCACUUCCAGGAGGCCCUGAAGACAGUGCGCCCCUCAUGUCUGAGGAGCAGCCUGGGCAGGACAGAAGUGUCUCCUGUGUCAUGGGAACAGAUAGGAGGCCUGGAGGAUGUUAAACUCAAGCUACGGCAGAGUAUCGAGUGGCCGAUGAUGUAUCCUGAAGCUUUUGUUCGUCUGGGUCUGUGUCGUCCUCGUGGCGUGCUGCUUUAUGGCCCUCCAGGAUGUGCCAAGACGACACUGGUCAGGGCUGCUGCCACCACGUCACACUGUGCUUUCCUGGCUGUCAGUGUCGCUGACCUCUACUCUCCAUAUGUUGGAGAAUCUGAGAAAGCUUUGGCACAGCUCUUUCGUCAGGCCCGGGCCUGUGCUCCCUGUAUUGUGUUUCUUGAUGAGAUCGACUCUCUGAUCGGCUCACGGUCGGACAGUCCGACACCGCGCGGUGCACAGACACGCCUCCUGUCUGUGCUUCUGAAUGAGAUGGAUGGGGUCGGUAUUAAGACGCUGGAGAGGAGAGGGAAAGAGAAGGUCCUCCAGGCAGAGGGAGUGGAGGAACCUCACACAUCAACACAGUUGGACUACCAGGAAGUGUGUAAUAAGGACGUGAUGGUAGUAGCAGCCACAAACAGACCUGACUGCAUAGACAGCGCCCUCCUCAGGCCUGGCAGACUGGACCACAUCAUUUAUGUCCCACCACCUGACUACCAGACCCGUCUUGCCAUCCUGAAGGUGUGUACGGAGUCUAUGCCCAUAGAUGCUGAUGUUUGUUUGGAGGAGUUGGCUGCCAAAACUGAGCUUUACUCUGGUGCUGACUUGGAAAACCUGUGCAAAGAGGCUGCUCUUCUGCUGCUACAAGAGGAGGGUAUGGAAGCGACCGUCAUCAAGCAUACAUACUUCCUCCGUUCUCUCAGCAAAAUGAGCCCCUCACUCACUUUAAAGCAGAUCAACAUGUACCAAAGUGCAAAGAGAUGACGUCAUCAGCUCAGCCCCUAAACUGCUUCAUGGAUUUCAGUGUAACGAUGGACACCAAAUGAAAAUAUACAUGAAGGAAAACUAUUUCCAAACCAACAGGUUCAAGAGUGGAUAAUUGGAUUUUAGUUUGUAUUUAUGUGAAACAUUUCACACUUAACAUCACAAAGGUUUUACUGCCUGAUACAGUGCCUUGCAAAAGUAUUUGGCCCCUCGGUAUUUCACACAUUUUAAUAUAUUUAUGUAUUUAUGUUAGUUCAAAUACAAAAAGCAAAUCAGGCUUCUCAGUAUAAACAUUUCUAAAAUUAUCUUCCUUAAACUCAAAGCAAAUCUCUACAACUUAAUAUAAAUUAAUUUAAAAUAUAAAAGCCAAGAUGAUGGGUUGCAUAAGAAAGGGAACGCAGGUCUUCUAGGGUGUCUUGGUGGCUUUCCUCACUCUUCAACAUUCUUGCACAGUCAGUUUUUGCGAACUGUCUACUCCAUACAGAUCUACCAUAGAGUGACAAACUGUUUGAAUUCCUUUGUAACUGAUGUAAAUCAAGUCCAAGACAUAUUCAGUGACUUGAAAAUGUUCAUUGUCUUGGUGGCUUUCCUCACUAUUCUUCUUCUUGCACAGUC